AUGGGCCUUCCCACCGUAGCAGCAGCCCUUGCAGGUGGCCUAGCGACCGCCGCCUACCUCGAUGCCAAAUUCCUCAUCCGCCAUGAUCUCAGAUCAGGCUCGUUGGCCGCCAACCAGAAGAGUGCGGUGGCCUUUACCCUAGAGAGGUACCAACAAAACAAGAUGCUCAUGUACCACAUCUUUGAGGAACAUGCCACGGGCAAGAACGCAGACAAUCUGUUCCUCAUCUUUGAGAACCGAUCGUGGACGUACAAGCAGUUCUUCGAUGACAUGCACAAGGUUGCCAACUGGUUGCUGAAAGAUUUGGGCAUUAAACCUCAAGAGAUCGUUGCCUUGGAUGGUGGGAACAGCCCCGAAUACCUGAUGCUCUGGUUCGCCGUUGAAGCCGUUCAUGCCUGUCCUGCCUUCAUCAACUGCAAUUUGACGUCGGGCCCGCUUACACACUGCGUCAAGCUAUGCGACUCACGGUAUCUGAUCGCCGACCGGGCCACGCAAGAUCUCGUCCAGCCGUGUGAAGCAGACCUCCAAGCUUCAGGCAUACAAAUAGUCUACUACGACGAGCCCUUCUUCUCCUCUCUGACCGAUACCACGCGAAUUCCCAAAUCCCUCCACAAAGGAAUCCUACCAACCGAACUCGGCGGUCUUAUCUACACAUCCGGCACAACCGGGAUGCCCAAGGGCGUGAUAAUGCUUCGGGGCCGUGAACUCAACACCGCCCGGAGCAUUUCUGCCUACCUCAAACUCAAACCUGGCAACCGCAUGUAUACCUGCCUACCGUUGUAUCACGGCGCCGCGCACGGUCUGUGUCUAACGCCCUCAAUUUUUGCCGGAUCCGCCGUCGUCCUCAGCCGAAAGUUCUCCCACAGGACGUUCUGGCCAGAAGUCCGCGCUUCUAACGCUGACAUCCUCCAGUAUGUGGGAGAACUCUGCCGGUAUCUCAUCAAUGCACCGCCCAGUCCCCUAGACAAAGAACACAACGUGAAGAUGGCAUGGGGCAACGGCAUGCGUCCAGACGUAUGGGAAACCUUCCGGCAGCGCUUCGGGAUUGAAACAAUAAACGAGCUGUACGCAGCGACGGAUGGACUGGGCGCCUCUUUCAAUGCGAACAAGGGCGAGUUUGGCAAAAACGCCAUUGCUAUACGCGGUUUGUAUUGGAAACUCAUGAACGGUGCGAACGAGAAGAGGGUCAAGAUCGACAUCGACACCGAGGAGAUUCUUCGCGACAAGAACGGUUUCGCCAUCGUCUGCAAGGACGGAGAGCCCGGCGAGGUGGUGCACAAGAUGGAUCCGGCCACCGCGGACACGGUAUUUGCCGGAUAUUACAAGAACAAGUCGGCCAGCAACAAACGGAAAAUCCAAGAUUUGUUUCAAAAGGGGGAUCUCUGGUUCCGCAGCGGAGACAUGAUGCGCCAAGAUCCCGACGGCUGCGUCUACUUUGUCGACCGCCUGGGCGAUACGUUCCGCUGGCGCAGCGAGAACGUGUCGACCAACGAAGUGUCGGACGUGCUGGGCAAAUUCCCCCAGAUCGCCGAAGCGAACGUGUACGGCGUGCAGGUGCCCCACGCCGACGGCCGCGCCGGAUGCGCUGCCAUCGUGCCCGUGUCGUCCAUCACGUCGCCCGACCAGCUGGACUUCGCCGGCCUGGCCGAGCACCUGCUCUCGACGCUGCCUCGGUACGCCGUGCCCAUCUUCCUGCGGGUGGUACCGCAGCUCGAGUACACGGGCACGAUGAAGCUGCAGAAAGGCCGUCUGCGCGCCGAGGGUGUGGACCUCGACAAGAUCCAGGCCUCGCGGCCCGACGAUCGUAUGUUCUGGCUCCCGCCCGGCGCGACCAAGUACGAACCCUUUGGCCGGAAACAGUGGGAGGAGCUUAAGGCCGGCAAGGUUAGGCUGUAG